AUGGAAGGCUAUUGCAAAGUUGCCCGUUUUAUGGGCAGGCAAGACGAGUAUGCAAUUUUCCGACGUUUCAGGGCCCUCAAUGCCCAGAAUCUACUGUACCUUCAGGCUGAGAUUACACAUCUAGAAGCCCAAUUGUACAGCCUCGCCCAAUCCAACAGUCCCGACCGCAUUAUUUCCAACCAAGAUUGGUGGUCGCUUGCCCACAGUGAGGAGCCGGAGGAUUCUGAGCAAUGGCACAAAAUUCUGGAAAUUCGUGAAAAGCUGGAGCAGUAUAAUGAGACCAUCCUCAAACAAGCCCGAAUAGCAAAGCUUAAUCCGCCCGUAGCUUACGACCGGGAGUUCCUCCGUCUGUGGCUUGCGCGACCGGAUAUGGGCAACUUUCCUCUUCUUGGUCUUGAUCAAGAAUGCUAUACCGACAAACAUGAUGCAGAUCUCGUCGCGCUUCGCUCGCGCCCUGCUCAGGAUAUAUUCUCUCGCUGGUUUACCUACUGCGUAAUACCCUGGUGGCAUCACUUCGUUGGUGAAAAGUUUAAAGCCCCUAUCGAGGAUGGGCUCGACGAAGGUGUGUAUCGUUACGAGAAUAGCCUUCUCGCAGCCACAGUCCGUGUCAUUACGACAGUCCUCGCAUCUCUGUUUCCGGUAUGCUCCGUCACAGCUCUUUACUUUAUAGAAAGCAACUUUAUCCGGCUGGCAUCCGUGAUCGUAGCUUCAGCUUUCUUCGCGUUGGCUUUGGCAUUGAUGACUAAUGCUCGGAUGAUCGAGGUGUUCGCUGCUACUUCUGCUUAUGCGGCUGUUAAUGUAGUAUUUCUUACGAAUGUAGUUUACACGGUGGGACAAUGA